UUGGAAAUCGCAGCAGUUUAAUAAUUUAUUGUCUUCAUUUAAUUAUUCUUUGGACGCCUAUUGCUUUUUCUGCAAGCUUUACAUGAGUUAAACACAGGUUUAAUUACCGUACAUUGGAUUUUACUACAACUGCUGAGUAUUUCUUCCUGCUAGUUGCGAGCUCGCUGGUUGCUACAACAAUUCCUGGGAAGUUGAGGUUGAAAAAGAAGGAAUAGAGAAGGAUUCUAGGACGCCAUGUUCGAGAGAAGACGUUUCCCUUGCGAUGUGUUGCCAAAAACCUGGUGCCCGCAAAGGAAACAAGAAGAUCGAGUCCGCUACGAUAGUUAGAUACUACAGUAUAAACGGAGUAUUCAGAUAGGAGAAUUCUGAGUUCAUCUACCUCAGAAUACAGGGUAUACGCCUUCACACGACAUACGAGGCGUUUCGCGAGUGCUUCCAGCAUCGCGACUUCUACAUCUGAUUCCUGCCAUCUCGUGGUGAGAACUUUCCUUGUACCACGUUUUUUCAGGACCAUUUUGAUGUCGCCGAUCCAGUCAAUGAGUCGUAGCCUACGGCAGUCGUAGUGGAUUAGAACUCUAUUGCAGCGUCCCUUUCUACAAGUUCCUGCGACCAUACACCGAUCUACCCAGCAGUCCUGAAUGGCCGAAGAACCUGCCCUACCACAACUUGAGCUAGUCGGUACCGGUAGUUGCAAACCUUGAUAAUUCAGUAAUGACGGUGUGGUAUCGAAACUGGACCCAAAUCUAUUCAUGUCUGGCUAUCUGUAUUUGGUAGGUUAUUUAAAAGCUGGUACAUAUUUAGGAUAAUCUAUUCAGAUCAAUAAUUUUCAGUUUAAGGGUUGUACAUAUCUAUGUGUUGAAAUUAUAUCAAUUAUAGUAUUACAAUACCAUUAAUACCAUUUGAUAUUGUUUUAAUUAUUAAACGUUAUCAGUUUUGUUAUUAAUCGUACACGAGUACAGCCAACCACCAUACUUUGCCAGCCAUUUAACAUACAUUAUCUUUAACAUACACUACACCGUACUAUCAUCUGUAAUUACUCAAAGUUAAGUAACUGUGACGUGUUAACUGUGUCAAACGCAGUUGUAAUAGUCAUAGACAGAGACACACGUUUUCGCCACAAUGUGUGACUCGCCACCGGGUCUUUCUUGUGCUACGUAAAUUAAUUAGGUGACCCACCGUGUCACCUGCGCCGCACGCUACUGAAACUCCCCACGGGGAAUUAGUUCAUCGCCCACGCGGGGCGGUAUUGUGCCAAACGCAAGACUAAGUUUACGGACGAUUCAUCUACUGGGACGUGCAACGGUCACGGACGCGAUAUCCCGCCGGAUUCUGCCGUGCCCGUAGCCAGCAUAACGUGGCCCUCGCCACCACGCGUAGUAGCCGCCAUUGUGUGACCACCUGAGUGGGACACUUGUACUUGGCCCGGACCCAGGACUAGCCAUAGUGACUAUAGUGUAUUGUUUUGUAUUAAGUAACUUUGUACGACCAGUCGUAAACGUAUUUCACGUUACGUCCUGCACUAACUUUCACGUGUACAGAAACAGGCUUGCCGCUCACCCGAGGAUUCAUCUCGCAACUCGUCGGGUAACUACCCCUCUUAACGUACUAGCCGCCGGAUUACCGAGUGACCGUAAUGAGUACCGCCAAUUGAGGGUGGUGUAGGCUGAGUGGAGGUCGACGAUGAUGCGGCCAGUCGCGUGAGAGUGCCAUAUGUGACGUAGCGAAGUGUAACGUGUGCGACGUAAUAAAUCAGUUAAAAUUACGUGUGUGUUUUUUCUAAUACGGCGUCCUGAGAGGCCAUAACAGCCCGGGGAGCCCUUUGCCGACGCGUCCCUGCCUGCAGCCACGAGGCCAGGAACCCCGCCCUUGAGAUCAAAAUUCAGCAAAAUUCUAAUAAUUUAGCGUAAUUUCAAAACAGGCAGCGGGGACGGCAUCAUGCUGGUGGAAUAGCAAUUCUUCUAGAUUUGAGAGAUUUUGUUCUUCGGAUCUUUGAUUUGUUAAAAAUAGUAUCUUCAUUAUUGUAGUCUGAAAUACUUUUGAAUUUACUUGUUGCAUUCGCAAUUGGACUUUCACCCAGUGGCAAGGAGUCCUCCGCUUUCUUUCAGACUCUUCACUCCUUUAGUUGCUUCCCCAGAUCCCUUGUAUCACUCACACCCAGCAUUGCUUCCUUCAGCCCAUUUCACUCCCUCUCUUUACACACAAGGAAAGCAUUACUCCCUCUUUUCAUUGGUCCCCAUACCUUCAGGAGUUUCCACCAGUGACAUAUCCACCCUUUAUACCCACCUCUGUGUACCACAGUCACUGGCUGUCUCAAUCUUCCCUCACGCUUUAUCAUCUUAAGGAGCCUGACAAACCUAUUCACCCUUCUCCACCUCUUUUAGGCUUUCCAGCCCAACUUCUUAAACUUUCCCGACAGAUUAUUUAUUCUCUCUCUUGACCUUCCCUUCUACACCACAUACCCAUCACUCCCUAACUGCUCUACAGUGCAACUUCUCCAGUUACCUUACCUCAGUCACUAGAAACUGAUCUCAGAUUACAGUAGCAUACUCCAUCAUUGGCCUGACCUUACCAUCCUCUCUUCGCCCUGUAGGGUUCUGCCAAGCAACAUUAGCAACCUCUCAUUACCACCUGCUAAACUGUUUUGCCCAUCCCAGGGUAUUUUGUAGGGUCAUCCCUAGGUACUUAUAAUCACCAACUCUCCUGCCCCUUCCAGUUAAACACAUCCUUUUUUACCUUCCUUUUCAUCAAGAAUCUAACAACCUUCAUAUAUCCAACAUUCAGCGACAUCCCAUUCUCGUCUGGCCAUAGUUACAGCCUUAUGAUAUUCACUUACAGAUGAACCACUUCUCCCUCACACCUCAAACACUACUUAAUCAUCUGCAAAUACUCUCAUUCUGUACUCCAUUUCUUCUCCAGUAUAGUUUUUAUUAUCAGCAACAACAGGAGCUCCAACCAACUCCCCUGUUGCAAUCCUGGCAUCACUGACGCCUCUUCAGACCUUUCACCAAACAGCACCCAACCUUCGGGUAAAUAUGAGUCUUAAUACACCACUCGUUCUUUAACUCAUGUUAGUUUAACUUUAGGUUGGCUAGUCUUUUGAUGUGUUGGGAGGAGGUAAAAUUGACCCUUUAAAUAUUUUACGAAUUAGCGUUCGUUUAAUCUUUGUGAACUUUGGUACUGGUCGUCUCUCAUUCUAAUCCUAAUAAACUUAAGCUUCUCCUAUUUGUUUCGGUAGUCUAUGGUUGUUGGACUAGUCUUUGGCUAUGGUUUUUAAAGUUAUUGUUAGUUUAUUAUUUAGUGAUGAAGAUCGUAAAUAUUUUGACAAAGGCAAAAGUAGGUAAAGCAAAUAAAAAUAAUCUCAAGAAAGCAAAAAGAACAGUAAAAAGGCUGUGCCCGAGAUGCGCAGCACGCAACGUACGCUCUUGCCUGGACGUGUUCCAGAUCGGAGACGAUACGGCCGCUCUGCUGUGCACCAGUAGAGCCUGCCUGUACCAGUGUGAAGUGCGCAGGGACCAUAAGCAGCUACAUCGGCUGCAAGAUAGCUGUGGCCACGAAGAGCACAGCGACAAGACGGCAGCGCUGAAGGACUGGUCGUUCGAGGGCAAGAGGGCGGUGGACGGGUUCAGGUGCCCGCUGAGCUUCGCGGGGGGCGAGCCGGAGGGGGCUUGCGCGGUGCUGACCUGUGCGGUGGGCAUGCUGGGCGUGGUGAUGGGCCGGGAGCUAGCCGCCGGCCCGGGCUGCCACCACGACGGCCGGAAGAGCUGCGAUCGGAAGGCUGGCGACGCGGCGGACGAACUGCUGCGAGACUACGCGGAGCUCUGCCGACACAAGGAGGCGUGCCGACCGGGGGACUUUGCGGCGAGGGUGGAGGACGAGUUCUCGCGCCUCGAGGCGGACCUGCGACACCUGGGCGUUGACGUGUCCGCCCACAGGUGGCGGGUCGAAGGCGGUUACCGUGCCGCAGACACGACCGAGCUCUUCAAGCGGUGGCUCGGCGACCGGUUCCACUUCGCGGAGAGUCGAGGUCUGCCGUGCGGUGUGGUCAAGCCGAGCGGCAGCAACGCGGCGGAGGCUGACCCAGGUGACCCGCUCAAGGCCUGGUUCACUGAUGUUCCAACUGGAGAAUGGGACUUCAACAAAAGCCUGAUCGACAUGUUCCGGGAAGAUACAGCAUUUUAGCCAACUGUGCCCGAAAAAUCUCUACGUCGUUAGUCUCUUACUAGCAUCAUGAGCACGAUGUGUAUCUUCAAUUUCUAUUUAUUUGCACAUUGAAAAUGUGUUUUUUUUUUUUAGAGUAUGCCUAAAUUGAUUAGGUCUAUGCAUGGUGUGUACUCAAUAAAAUUUGAAUUGCAAUCUGGUA